AAUUGGGCCUUUUUGGGCCGACCAAGUUUAGCCCAUUUGCCACUUCCUCUCCCUCGCCCACCAACGAACAGGGGAAAACACAGCGAGACCUUCCCCGUCAAUGUCCGCGUCCCCUUCCAAGGAGGGAGUUAGGGUUUAACUCCGACUGAACGAUCCCCCCCGCCGGCCACCGCCCUCGCCGGCGUCGAUCCGAUACGGCGUGCGCCUGGUCGCUGCACCAUGGGGUACCUGCAGGAGGCCAGGGAGAAUCACGUCAAGAAGAAGGUCGAGGAAGCUUUGCGGAGCAAAAUGAAGCAGAAGGCCCUUAAGGAGUGUGAUUUCUACUGCUCAAAAUAUGCUGAGUGUGCUCGAGGUAGAACUUUUUCGGUGGUAUGGCAAUGCCGCAAACAAGCAAAAGAGUUGAAUGAUUGCCUUCAUCAAUUCACAAAUGAUGCAGUCCUGGAAGAAAUGAAGAAGGCUUACAUGGUUGAGCAAGAGAGCAAGGAAAAGAACCAAUAAGCAUUAUGCAAUGGCCAAUGGCCAAUGGGUUUCUCCAUGCUUGUACGUACAUUGCUCCUUUUGGAAUUUGUUAGUUGCUUAUUAGUCAUCUUAAUUGAUUUGAUGCCGAGUUCCUGGAGACUUGAAAACAUUGAUUUUGUUCCACAUGCAUAAUCUGGUAUAACAUCAAGGUCCCUAUGCGAAUAACCUUGUGUUCCCGUUCUAGCUACCAUAUGUUGUAAUAUUCGCCCAAAUAGAUAGCAUAUGAAUGCAGAGAAUGUGGUAAGCCUUCCUA